GGACUGAACUUUUUGAAAAAGUUUUCUCAGUUUGACGUUAAAAGCUUUAAAACUCUCCCUACAUCAUUUUAAAGCUGGAGAACUUCCUCUCCGUUGCCCAGCUCUAUCCUCUUUUGUCCAGGACAGGUGCACGCAAGUUCAGAGAUGUCGGAAAGCAAGAGAUGACAUAUCGAGUCGUGUGGCUGGCUGGCUGGCUAACGUUAGCCAGCUAGGGUAAUUAGCAUAGCCACCUAGCUAGAAGCCUUUAUAGUGAGUCAUGUUCUGUCAAAUGGCUUCAGUGUGUCGCCUCAGUUUGUGAUAAAUCAAAUUAUGAACAGAAAACUUCGCAAAUGAAGGUUUUACGGCGAUUGGUCAUGUUUAGACACUUAAACUGAAUAGCUAGGCAAAUCAGUUCCAAUAAACAGAUAACAAUAAACGCUUUACAGAGAGACUUAGGCUUUGGUGGUCUCGCCGAAGAUGGAGCAGUAUCACGUAUUGGAGAUGAUAGGAGAAGGGUCGUUCGGGCGAGUGUACAAAGGUCGCAGAAAGUUCAGUGGACAGGUCGUAGCUCUCAAGUUCAUCCCCAAAGUUGGGCGCUCGGAGAAAGAGUUGCGGAGCUUGAAGAGAGAGAUUGAGAUCAUGCGAGGCCUCAGGCAUCCCAAUAUAGUUCUGCUGCUGGACAGCUUUGAGACCGAGAGGGAGGUGGUGGUUGUGACAGAGUAUGCAGAGGGCGAGCUGUUUCAGAUCCUUGAGGAUGAUGGCAGCUUACCUGAGGGCCAGGUGCGCGAGAUAGCUUGCCAGCUGGUAUCAGCCUUGUAUUACCUCCACUCUAAUCGUAUAUUACACCGCGACAUGAAACCACAGAACAUCCUUCUGGGCAAAGGAGGAGUGGUGAAGCUCUGUGACUUUGGAUUUGCACGUGCCAUGAGCGUGUCCACGCUGGUGUUGACGUCCAUUAAAGGCACCCCUCUGUACAUGUCCCCGGAGCUGGUGGAGGAGAAACCAUACGACCACACGGCUGACCUGUGGUCUCUGGGCUGCAUCCUCUAUGAGCUCCACACGGGGGCGCCUCCGUUCUACACUAACUCCAUCUUCCACCUCGUGCAGCUUAUCGUCAAGGACCCUGUCAAGUGGCCAGAGAACAUGAGCGAGGGCUGCAUGAGUUUCCUGAAAGGUCUGUUAACUAAAGACCCCCAGAAGAGGCUAGCCUGGCCUGACCUGCUUAAGCAUCCUUAUGUAGCAGAUGGAGUCAUAGUGUUGUCAGACGAAGGGUCCAGCAGUCCCCUGACUGUAAUACCCAGCCCAGACGUACAGGCUCUAAAGCAACAGCAGGCUGCAACGAAAUCAGUGCCCCGCAGUGGAGAGGGCAAGCUACUGCGCAGAGCCAAAGAACAGCGAGAUAAGCGUAAGAACAGACAGGACCUCACAGAGAAUGGGAAGGCAGUUUGUAGCAGCCAGCCUCGCUCCAAAACUGCCCCGGCUGGAGAGGCCCCCACCAGCGGCCAUUCAUUGGGCAGCACCUUUACAGUGUGUCGAAAUUCAGCUCAUCCAGCAGCCAAUCAGCAUCAAGCAAAUGACAUUGGUGUUGCCAGGGUGAGCUCCGCUUCAUGUAAAGGCCCUAUCAGCAUGGAUUAUGAGAGAGAGUUCCCUUCAGUGGAAGUAGGACCCAGACAGGUGUUGAGACGUUCUGGACCUGGACACUCCGGCCUGGCAUCUGUUAGGAUGGACAGUGAUGAGCAAGAUCCUGACAGCGAUGAAGAAUGGCAACGAUUGGCUGAAGUGACAGAUUGGGCCAAUCAUGUGUCUGUCCCUGUGGACCUUCCCUUCCAUCAAAAGCUGAAGAGCAAGCUCCUCAGAUCCAAGGACCAGAUCCUGAGAGAGACACUGGAAGAGCCGUCCAGCAUUGUUCCCAUUUUAAAGCUCCUCAGUAACAUCACCCUGACCUCUGAUCCUGCUGAUGCUAGGAGAGUUUGUGAAGGCCUGGAGCUGCCACGAUUUUUAUUUGGUUUGAUUGUGGAGAUGCAUAGCAGUCCUGAGGUAAUGAAGAAGCCGUGGAGUGAGAGGAUCGUGGGAGAGCUGAUGGCUGUUCUUCUGACGAGCUGGGAGAAGAACCCUGAGUGGAUAAUAAAGGAGAAGAGAGCUGAGGAUCUGUGCCAGCUGUUCGUGGCAGCAUUCCUCUGUCCUGACCCAAACUGUUUGGCACCAUUAGCAGCUGCCAUUCUUAGCCUUUUUGCCCACCGUGGAGUCUGUGUAAAAGUCCGGCUGGACAGUCUGACGGCUCUACUGGGGUGUGUACUGUCAGGCCCAGAGGAGUCUUAUCACCCCUUACCUGCUGGCUGGGGCAUGUGCGAUGGUGUCCUUGCAUUAAUUCUCUAUUGUCUCACUGAGAGUGAAAGCUGUGCCCUCCGUGAUUUUCUGAACUCCGAACUUUGGUGCCAUCUAUGGACUAAAGUUGGCACCACACUACAAAACAUGACAUCCAAAACUUUAUUUCUCUCCACUAAUGGUCUCUACGUCUUCUUGUCUCUUGCUCUGUUUGCCUUCUCCAAUGAGCCUUAUGACUGUGUGGCCCUUUUUUUUGACAAGGACAAAAACCUCAUGCGCUCUCUGAGCCUUCUGUUGACUACUGACAGUAGCGCGACAGAGCUGAAAAGGGGUCUCUUGUGGGGCAGCUCUGAUAUGAGCAGCCUAUCCGUGAUGAGCUGCCACCUACUCUGCUUUCCGUUUGCUUUGGAACUGCCCCAAGAGAAAAUGAUGGAAAUUCUCCACUCAUAUCAAAGCCAGAAUGUAGUGACAGGUUUAGUUCAGGUGAUACAGACCCAGCCUCCAGCUCUUUUGGAACUUCCUCUUUCUUUGUUAUGUCGUCUUUGCCUCUCCUCCCCUCAGGGCGCUGUUCCUAGCUUCACCAAGGCAGCCCGGGCCUCUGGCUUUCUCCCGCAGAGUGCAGAGACAGAGCAAAUCCUAAAUCAUCUUAACCAGUCUGGAAGCACAGCAGAGCAACCAAGAAACAAUGGCAUCCAACACAAGAAUGUCUUCAACCUGAGCAGAGGCGAUGGGGAUUGUCAUCCUAAGAGAGGCAUAGACAUGAUUAGAGGGAGCACAGAUAAAUCUAGGGGCAUGAGGGAUCCUCCCAAAGUGCAGUCCCAGCUGUCUAAAAGCAAGUGUGCUUUUGGAAAGUUGAGAGAAAGAGCAGAGCAACCAAAGACCAAGCAAGAUCAUAAAAUUCUCAGCAUGGAACAUCUUCAAAAUAGCAUGGACCAGCACAGCCACAGCGUGGAUGAGUUUGUAGACAGCUUAGAGCUUCAUGAAGGCUUUUCACACCUCAAACAUUUCCCAACCCAGCACAAGAGCAGCUUAAGCUGGCUCAUAGACAGCCUAGAGCAGCCUAGGAGGAGUCUGGACCAUGGUAGAGGAGAUGGGGAUUGUCUUAGGGUGUCAGAAGUCAAAGGUCAGUCUCCUGAGCCUGCAGUUAGGACAGCAAGUUCUCUGCUGUCCAUGCUGUUGCAGAGUGAAUCCCUGUGUGGAUGUGCCAUGCAGCUUCUCACCCUGCUGUCUCAGACGGCUUGUUAUCCAGCUGCUCUACCCGUAGACCCGGCCCUGCUGAGAAUAGCCCUCAGUCACUGUGAUGAUGGGGUCCGAGCUGCGUCCUGCAGCCUUCUUGCUCAAUUAGAGCAACACUGGGACCAUUCCACCAAUGGGAUGAAGGCAAGCCCAAAUUGGACCAUAGAACCAGCCCUGUUCCAGGACCUUCUAUGCCGUCUGACUGACCCUGCGCCAUCUGUACGCAGAAUUGCUUGCAAGGCUGCAGAGAGGUGGCUAAGCCUGAUGGGACAGACAGUAUUCAAGAGUCUUCCCAAAAGAGACCAGCACUUGCAGGAAGGUCCCGGGACCAAAAAGAAGACAGUUUGUGUCCCAGCUGGAAAAGGCAGAGGUAAGAGGAGUGUAGAAGUAGAGGGGAUUAGACAAGGGGGAACGGGAAAUUCUGGCUCUUCUUUAAAGCCUGUGGGCCCUUAUGUGGAGGGGGAGGAGUGGGUCAAGGUUGCCAUGGGAGCGGCUUGUCCCACAGUGUCUCUCCUCUUGGACUCCGAUGCUGUCAUCCGCCGCCGUGCCUGUGUCAUCCUGGGCAACAUGGCUGUCGUGGGAGGAGGCGACAGGGCACUGAUUAGUGCAGACGCUCCUCGUCAGGUCUUGCGUGUCGCCCGCGGCGACUCCCAUCAUGCAGUGCGGCGGCAGGCCUUGGCCACCCUGUGUGCGUUUGGUCAUCUGGACACAUUGCAGCAGGCUCUGAAGUCCAUUGAUGCUGGACUUAAACUCCACCACGUAUCCCAGGGUUCUUCACUUCCGAGCAAUUACAGAUGACCUGUCAGCCAACUGGAAGGGCUGAGUUGAGGCAAAACAUAACAUGGACUCAACAAGGCGAUGAAAUGUGUGGAAUUAAUAGUAUAAUAUUAGUGGAACGUCUGAAGUGCGUUCCAUGGUGGAUGUCAUUCCCAGUGACCUUCAUUUCAAUGAAUGUUUCUGCAUUUUUGGGGUUUUUUUUCCCUAGACCUGAACGUAGAUUAAGCCCAGACUAGCUACUAAAAUAAGCAUUUUCCAUAACUGUCAUUUAGACCUAGACUAAAGACUAAAGAGCUGUUAAAGUACAGGUUUAGCAGUAACUGGUGAAGAGCCGUCACUUUUGCACAAUUGGUGAAGUCUUAAUAAAAGGCUACCUGAAAGAAAAAAAAAAACACUGCAGGCACUGAUAUAAAAUCAGCACAUUUCAGUAUGAAUUAGUUUUUGGCUCUCCUGCCAGAUUUGUCUGUUUUUCAGUUCAUUUUUAUGAUGUUGGGAUUUUUUUUAUGCCAUUUUUGUAAACUUUAAUUUAUUCAGACUGAAAAUUGUGUAAAAUUGUAUACAUACAAAUAAA